GCGAGGAAAAGGAGGACGUCAAUCGGCUAAAAUUCUGUGACAUUUCUGUACCAAAUAAGGCGAGGGGGGAUAACGGCCAUUAUACUUGAAGAAAAACGACGUUGGGCCGAUUGAAACCGCCCUUGAAAAGAAAGAAUAAACGAAUACAGAUGUCAGCGGAUGCUCUUCCAAUGCAAGCAUUUAAAGGUUCAAACCUGGAAGAUAAGGCAUCCGGCAGUUAUCUCCCAUUUUUUACAACUUAGCAGAAAAGAAUGUCAAUAGCCUAAUAAAUGUUAAUUAAACUUGACGUCCUUCUUUCCCACCGUCUGCCCCGGCUAUACAGGAUUGCUACGUCAAAGUUAAAUGGAACAUACACUCCUGGAAGCGACCAUAAAAUACAUUUCCUUUAUGUAGUCCAAUAUCUACUUGAAGCCGGUGUAGCCUACAAAUGCAGAAAUAAGCAUUCAUACUGAACAAAUUAACAACAGUUUUACUUAAAAACAAUCGUUAGCCUAUCGUUACAUCUCGAAAGAAAGAUCCUAAAACUGUCAGUAAAAAAUAUGAAAAAAUCUAAAUAGGGCGUUACAAGAUCCAUGAACAAUCCUCCGUGAAUAAAAGGAACGUUCAGCAGUUGAUCGGGAGAAGAGAGGAUCUUUUUUCUGCUUAAGACGCCAAGUUUCCAUGGAGGCAGUUUCAUCUCUCAGCCUCAAGCGAAGAUUCGAGGAGGUGGACAGUGGCUCUCCAUACUCUACGCCCAAGGACUCGGACGAUGACAUCUCCAGCAGUGACAGCGCUGACAGCUGUGAUAGCCUCAACCCCCCCUCCAGUACUGCACUCAUACCGACCUCCAUCCUAAGACGUCACAAGCCCUCUCCAGGCCGGAAGCGGGUGCGGUUUGAUGUGGUGACGGUGUACUACUUCCCCAGACGGCAGGGCUUCACCAGCGUGCCCAGCCAGGGAGGCAGUUCCCUGGGCAUGGCUCGCCACCACUGCUCCAUCCGCAGCUACACCCUGGGAGAGUUUGCCUGCGAGCAAGAGACCAGUCACCGCCACGCCCUGCGCCAACACCUCCGCCAGGAGAAGCUCAACGCUCGCAAGAUGAAGCUGACACGUAAUGGUACGGUGGAGUGUGCCCAGGCUGACCUGCUGACCCUCGACAAUGUAUCAGACGAUGACCUUGACGUGGAGGUGGAUGACUGCUUCUUCCUGCAGCCGCUGCCCACCAAGCGGCGCCGCGCUCUCCUCAGGGCUUCUGGUAACGCCCGCAUAGAUGCCCGGGAGAAGGCUGAGCUACGAACCAUCAGGCUGUCCAGGGAGGAGUGUGGCUGUGACUGCCGCUUCUACUGUGACCCCCGCCACUGUGUCUGCAGCCAGGCUGGCAUCAAGUGCCAGGUGGACAGGAUGUCUUUCCCCUGUGGCUGCUCUCGGGAUGGCUGUAGGAACUCGGCGGGCCGCAUCGAAUUCAAUCCUCUGCGCGUGCGAACACACUACCUGCACACCAUCAUGAAGCUGGACCUGGAGAAGAGGAGGCUGCUGGGGCAGAGGUCGGGUGUUGGGGAGCAGUAUGAAGAGUCUGACCUGCUCUCCUCCCCCUCCUCCACCAGGCCUCCCUCCCCAGACCUUGACCUGUCAACAGGGGCCCAUGGCCUGGAGUUAGAGGCAGAGGAGAGAGCGGUCCAGGUGGUCCUAGAGGCUCAGGACCUCCUGACUGAGCAGGCCUGCCUGGAGCGGGAGAACGAGAUCGCCGUGCUCCACCUGCAAAGUGCCGAGGAGCAGGAGAGGAUGAGGGAGGAGGAGGAAGAGGAGGAGGCGCAGAGGGGCAGGGGGGGAGCAGGUAGCCUGGGGGAGCAGGCUCUGUGCCUCCUGCCUGGGGCCCUGCAGGGGGAGCUGUCUGGGGAGCCUGGGGUGGGGGUUGGGGUGGAGGGGGUCCCUAUCCCUCUCCUCCAGGGCCCAUUCCUCACUGGGGCUACCCUGCUCUGCAUCACAGAGAACCAGGAGGGAAAUUGGGAGGGUGAAGGGGACAACCCCCGUGGUGGCCUCAAAGACCAGGCCUCCUCCCUGCUAUACUACCAGUUAGGUCCCAUGGAGAAUGAGCCGUUUGAGGAGUCUCAGCCUGUGGAGAAUGAGGAGGAGUGUGUAGAUAAAGAACCAGAGGGAGGAGAGGAGCAAGAGAGGGCAGAGCAUAGAGGUAUUACCUGCGGGCAGGAUGAGGGGGAGUUUUCGCCCCCGGUGGCUCUGUGCUCAGAGAAUGGCGUUGGGGCUGAGGAGGCUAAGGAGGUACCAUUCAGCCCCCAGCAGAGCUCCUCAGAAGGGCAGUGUCAGGAAGUGAUCUGCCUGGCCACAGGAGAUAUGUACCCACCACUGCCCCCUGAGGUUUAG